AUGGCUUUGAAGGCGCAGACCUCUUCACCAGGACCAUCAGUGCAGAUGCUGAUCGAGCGCAGCGACAUCGUCGGAUCUAUCCUGACCGGAGAAGGAGCUCAUCAGCCGAAAGAUUGCGAUCUUAGGUUCUGCGAGAGAGUCGAGUGGCUCAUCAAGUGUGCGGAGGCUUCGCGACGCAUCAGGCCGAUUGUGGACAAGCGCUGGAAGAUCCCGAUCAGGUUCGACCCACAGAGCCGGCUGACUCAAUGGGCAGUGGAGAGAGAACUGGACCUGGCAGAAACGAACCUGGACUUCGAGAGACAUUUCGCAAGUUGCAUACAGGACUUCGCCCCAAGCAAAGGCAACCAGAAGGGUCGUGACAGACUUCAGCUUUUCCAGAGGUGGCAUUGCGCAUCCGACAUUCAGCUGGCGUUGCAGAGGGAGGAGGAACUGAAGUGGAUUUUGCAGGAGGCAAGAAAAGCAAAGCUGCGGGAUGACAUUCUGAAACAGAUGAAAUCAAAGCUGAAGGAGAGCCAGAAGCAGCUGCAGGAGGAGGUUUGGUACUUCGUGGAGAUGCUGCACUUGACGCCGAAAGUGCGAUCUGCCGGCCAUCGCAAGCACGAUGUGGAUCCCGAGAACGAAGGCAAGUGCUGUUGCUACAAGCUUUACGGCCAAAGGAUGGUUUGGGGCUGCAGCUGGCACAAGAGAUAUCUUGAAUAUGUCCAUGAAGCGGUUGCAAGAAUUCACAGAGGAGAGGAGGAACAGCAAUUCCAUCGCGUAGACGACGGGCAUGCUCUCACACAGGAUUUUCCAGAAGGUUAUCCGGUGGAUGCAUGGUGCGAGGUGACGAAGUCAUGGCGCCGAGGAGUCGUGAAAGAGAAGAGAACAAGGCAAGAGGAUGGUUCAGCCAACGUGGAGGCACGCUGGACCAUUCGAUGCGAGCACAGCGAGGGCACUUUUCAUUCAUCCUUCCUCUGCGACACAGCCGUGGCCACAAAGGAGUUGUUGGACCACUUUGGUCACUUAAAGCUCCGGGAGAUCUUCAUUGAGCGCCUGAAGCGCACGAGCGUGCUCGACAUCCGCGCGGCGCGACUCGGCUCUGGCCUUUCAUCCUUGAUGAUCAAGCUUGGUGUGCCCACCAUCGGGUCCCUGCAUCAUCUCAGGGAUCGGUUCUUCAGUGGCGAUCUAGAGGAGGAGAUCAAUAGAGGUCUGUCCGACCGGAGCUGGCGGGUUGAAAUGGACAGCGCCAGUUUCCUGGAGUUCUACGAGCACACGUUGCUGGCCUUCAAGGACCUCACACCACACCAGAAAAAGCAUCUUCAGGACAUCCAACGGUUUGAUGAGGUGCACUUGUCGGCCCCGGCGGGGGCCGGCAAGACUUUCGUUGCAGUGCAGCGUGUCAUCGACGCUCUCACGGAAGAGACAGAAAAGGCUCCUGCCCAUGUACUCUAUGUGGCUCCUACUGUUGAGCUCGCCUACUAUUUCAUACAAUGGAUGAUUGUACGACUGGCGUCGCAAGCGGAGUCCCGGUUUGUGAGCGAGAUCAAUGAGCUUCUACAGCGCAUGGUGGUCCUGCACAGCCCUUACCAAGCACUGCUUUCACCUAGACUGGACGAGAAGGAUCGGCGCAUCACCCUGGAAGUUGCGGGCAGCAUCGACACGUUUGGGCUCACAGUCAUGGACGAGGCCCACAACCUGUACGCAGAGGGUGUGGACCAGGGCAUUCUGGCAGAUCUCAAGAGCCGCAGGAGGCUGCUUCUCUCGGACGAAUCGCAGGCUGCAGCCGUGAGCACCAGAUUCCCCGAGAUGCACCGAGCCAACCUAAGAGAGGUCGUCCGAAGCACGAGGCAGAUCGUGCUGGGCGCAAGAUCCUUUCGAUCUGACACUGGGGCGGUCACAUCCACCGGCACAGAUGGGCCGCCCUUGAAGUCCUUUCUCUUCGAUGGUUCGGACGCCAAAGACGAGUUUAAGCUCUACGCCACGCACGUCGCAGAUGCCAUUGCGCACGUUGCAGAUGCGUAUCCCAACAUCAGUCUCCACCAACGACUCGCGCUGCUAGUCCCGGAUGAGGAGUUUCUGAUGCAAUUGAAGACGGCCCUGGCGCCUGUCUUGAAGAGCAAGCUUCCAGAUCGCCACCUUCACUUCGUGUCGUUCAAAGAAUCCUUGCGCUCCCUGCCGGAGCUGUUUCGGACCCUCGGCAGUCAGCCUGUGCAGAAGUCCGAGCAACGGUUGGAGCACAUCGUCCUGGACACGGUGAGCGUCACAGAUGGCCUGGAGAAGCUCAUCGUCAUCUGUAUCGGGCUGGAUGCCCCGAUUCGCCGAGGUGCGGGAGAUCUCUUUACUCGCGCAAACCUUUACAAAGGCAUCACGCGGGCCCAGCUGAAGGCCAUAGUGGUGAACAAGCGCGUCCCGGAGGGCUGGUUUCACUUCCUCACCAACGUCCGUUUCUCCGGCAAAGAGCUGUCCGAAGAGGAGGCAUCGAAGUACGGCUCAAAGGCCGCAGCCAAGAUUUGCCAAGAAGCAAAGGAUGGCCUGGGCAGUGCCGCACAGGAAGAGGAGCCAAGCACGCACGACAGCAGAAGCAGAGAGGAGGCCAGGCCGCAGCCAAGCGUUCCGGAUGAAAGGCAGGCGGAUCUGAAGAACGAGAGUUCUCACGUAGAAAGGUCUCAGCAAGAGACAAAAGCUACAAGCGCAGCUGGCAGGAAAGCCGAUCCAGACAUGUCUCAGCCGCAGACACGCAGCACCAGCACAGCCGAAAGGGAGUCUGAGUUGACAGGAGACUCGGUGACGACGCCACAGCACGAGUCUAGCAUCUGGGACACCAGAAGCAACACGGUUUCGGCUCAUGCCCGGAAGCCCAUCUUCGAUCCAUUCGCCGAGGAGAGCCGAGUUCCGGUCAGUUCCGAAGAGUUCCUUCUCGACCCGAUGCCCCAGGACCAGCCCAGGGAGCCUUUCGAUGAGGAAGCAGAGAGUUGGCAGAAGGUCAAAGAAGCUCUUCGCGCCGACAGAUUCGACGCGGCCUCUGCAUUGGCAGCGCUGAAGAACUUCGCAGCGCCGGGGCUUCCCUAUCCCGAUGAAGCGCGCGUGUUCGUGGUGCAGGAAAGCAAAAGAGUGAUGCGGUGCGGAGGCGACGUCAAGAAAGCGGCCGGAGCUGCUGGACGCGGGGAACUACUCGAAGAGUUGCUGAUCCUGCUCCUUUUCGGCGUCGGCGAGGAGCUGGACAUGCGCGACUGCUGGACGGUCCCCGCGGAGGCCUGGCGGCAGCUCCGGGACGCGCGCUGGGAGAAGCUGCGGAAGGCCGACCUCUACGCGUGUUUCAACAGAGACUCCCAGGGCGCAGAGGGGGCCAGCGGCCUCCUCGCCGCAUUGGCACGGUGCAGCCAGCUCCAGGAGCUGAGCAUGGGCUACUGCUACAAAGUCCCCGCGGAGGCCUGGCGGCAGCUCCGGGACGCGCGCUGGGAGAAGCUGCAAACAGCCGGCUUCUUUUCGUGUUUCGGCGAAUUCUCCCAGGGCGCAGAGGGGGCCGGUGGCCUCCUCGCCGCAUUGGCGCGGUGCAGCCAGCUCCAGGAGCUGGACAUGCAAUUCUGCGACAAAGUCCCCGCGGAGGCCUGGCGGCAGCUCCGGGACGCGCGCUGGGAGAAGCUGAAAAAGGCCAACUUCACUCUGUGUUUCCACUACCGCUCCCAGGGCGCAGAGGGGGCCGAUAUCCUCCUCGCCGCAUUGGCACGGUGCAGCCAGCUCCAGGAGCUGGACAUGUACAACUGCUACAAAGUCCCCGCGGAGGCCUGGCGGCAGCUCCGGGACGCGCGCUGGGAGAAGCUGAAAAAGGCCAACUUCUUCCGGUGUUUCGGCGAUGGCGCCCAGGGCGCAGAGGGGGCCCACGUCCUCCUCGCCGCGUUGGCGCGGUGCAGCGCCCUUCAGGAGCUCUACAUGGCAGAUUGCAUCCCCGCCGAAGCGUGGGAGCAGCUGAGCGACGGCGUGUGGCCAGCUCUUCUAAAACAAGAGGGCGUCCCAGAGAGACUUUUCCGGCGUGCGUGA